UCUAAAAGAGUUUCAACUUUCAAUCUAAAGUCCAAUAGUUAAAAAUCCUGUACUGAAGUUAUGGGUUUGUUUUGCAGCAGUAAAAUGAUUAAACAGAGGGUCAUGUGUUGAUAGAUUGAUGGCGGCUUUGAGAAGUAGUGCGAAUCUGCGAACGACGGCCAACUUAGACCGUGAAGCUAACCCUGCUGCUGCUGCUGGGUCUGAGUCUCCUGUUCAGUUUUCUAAUCCUUUGCCUCCUCGCCUUUCUAUCUCUAAACCUUCUUGGGUCGUCAAAACUGAGUCAAAUGUUUGGAGAGAAAAGUUUAAGAAGCCAAAUCCUCCUUGUGUCAUUUGUGAUGGAACCGGCAGAGUGGAUUGCUUUCAAUGUCAAGGAAAAGGUAGGACUAAUUGUGCAAACUUAGCUAUGCUUCCAAAAGGAGAAUGGCCAAAAUGGUGCAAGACUUGUGGUGGAAGUGGGCUUGCACAUUGCUCUCGAUGCCUUGGAUCAGGGGAAUUCAGAGAUGUGAUGGGCUUUCGUUUCAUGAAGAGAGAUGAAACUAGUAGUGAUUCUCGCGGAACAUAUCGAAGGACAAACGGCUCCAAUUUCCUUAGGAAUGAAUAGACUUCGUCCUCGACUUCCCACAGGUGCUUAUACAUUUACUGAUUAUACAUAGAGUACUUUAGGAAGCUAUUUUAAUUUGAGAGGACACUGUUGUGGUUCUGAAAUCUGAAGUCAAUAAACUGAGUUGUGUUAUCAACAAAUUGAACCCGGUCAUUUUGGAUAUCGGCAUGUGGUCACGAACUUGCAUGAGAAACAAUCGGUGAAUCUGGUACAAGCUAUCAUACAGGAGCAACCACCCCAGUAGUUGCCAUGGCAUUAUUUCCUGGACAACAAUUACAAUUACCUCUAAGGUAGUUGGUACGACGGGAAGGUGUUCUAGGAUUCGGAACUGGUGUCUCUGUAACGGUUAGUGAUGAAUAAUAAGCUCAAUAUUUUUGUUAUUAUGGAACUCGUCAUUUCCGGCAUCCAUUUUUAAGAAGCAGUCCUCAUGAUUGAACUUAUCUCCUUGUAAUGACCUCAUAGCGUCCUCAACCAGUGGUAAUU